GGAGCGGAUUCGAUCAGCGUCCCGAGUGGUUCUCGAACUUCCAUCGAUGAUGCUGUGAAAGUCCCUCCGCGUCCAACCCGAAAGCAGUUUUCUGGUUUUGUUCUGUUUUGUUUCGAUCUGGUUUUUUUGGAUAUCAUCGGAAUUUUCGUGUCACUUUCCCAAUGUUUUCCCGUAUUUUCCCCUCUUCCUUCCUCCUCUAUUUUUACCCGAAUUUCGAACCGAGUAAAAUGUUCGCGGGUUCGGUUUUCGACGUGAGCGUCCUGGUUCUUGUCAUCUAUUUUUUCUUCUCUAAGAGAUUUUCCAAGAUGGUAGAUGUACUGACGGCUCGAUUUCAAAACCAACUGGGGAAUCUACUCAACGGUGAUAGUGUCCGCAGCAGAGUGAGCGAACCGCAAGAUCUGUUCGAUGCGUCAAAUUUGCCUCACAUCGCUCGGCUGGCCAGAGAGAAACACAAGCAAGAACAAUUAAAAAAACGCGAACUCGCCAACAAAAUCAGCUCUAAACAACUUCUUAACAUCAAAGAAAAGGAAUGGGGCGUUUUUUUAGCCAAUACAAAAUCCAAUGUUGGACUUAGCUGCUCUGCCUGUACUCCAGACUCAAGAGAAUCAUUCAAAAGCAAAGACGAUCGAACUGCAAUGCUAAAGAAUGUCUUGACAAUGCGAGAUCCAAGCAAAGACAGCGGAUGGCUAGCCUACUAUUUUAAUCACAUUUAUGCACUGUGCAGUUCAACACACCAUGAUUAUCCCUCAGUUUCAGAAACGGUUCUCAAUAGUGAUCAAAUCCAAGAGGCUAUUGAGCUCUCCGCGCAUCAAAUGUUGGAAGAUGAAGGUGUGAAAGAACCUGAUGAACAGUUUUAUCAAAAAGUAAUCAACAAAAACGCACAAAGAGCAGCAGCAAUUCUCCGCGGAAUGCAAACAACAGUUAACAACUUAGUUUUCAAGAUUGUUGGUUGGUUUGCAUACAAAAUUCUAUCAAGAGCAUUCUCUGGCAUGGUAAUGCAUCCGAGUCAAAUUAAAAUGCUAGAAGCCGCCAAAGCAAGAGGUCUUCCCAUUGUCUAUCUGCCCCUUCAUCGGAGCCAUUUGGAUUACAUAACUGUAGCACUUCUCCUUCAGUGCAUUGAUUUCAAAGCUCCUCUAGUCGCAGCGGGUGAUAACCUCAAAGUCCCAAUUCUUGAGUGGGCCCUGAGAAACAAUGGAGCAUUUUUCAUCAAAAGACGAAUUGACCCUGUGACUGGCCGCAAAGAUAUUUUGUAUCGUGCUAUUUUAUGCGCCUACAUGACUGAAUGUCUAAAAGCUGGGUAUCACCUCGAAUUCUUCAUUGAAGGAGGUAGAACAAGGACAGGGAAGCCUGUGAUUCCGAAAGGUGGUCUGCUGAGCAUAAUCGUUGAUGCUUACUUUAAAGGAACAAUUGAAGAUGCACUACUGGUUCCAAUCAGCAUUAAUUACGAUCGUCUAGUCGAUGGAAAUUUCACUCGAGAACAGCUUGGAGAACCAAAACAACCAGAAACACUUUGGGGCACUAUCUCAGCCAUUUUCAAGACCAUAACAUCAUUUUAUGGGUUGAUGCGUGUUGAUUUUAAUCAACCAUUUUCAUUAAAGGAGUUGGUCAAAUCUUUUGAAAGGCAGAUGAGCUCCACAAAUAAAGGUCUGCAUGUAUUACGACACAGCAGCUCAUUUCAUGGAACGGUAGAAGUUUCAGAAGAUCAACGCCAACUAGUCAAUUCAAUUGCUACACAUAUUGUCUACGAUUGUUGUCAAUACAUGCCCGUGAUGUCAACGAAUGCUGUUAGUUUUCUGCUGCUCACUAAAUUUCGAGAUGGUGUUGAAUUACAAGAAUUAGCCAAGGAACUAGACAGUUUACGACAAAUGCUUGAAUGGGAUGGUAGAAAUAUAGGUUUUACUGGCUCUUCUAGUUUUGUUAUUCAACAUGCGGUAAAACUCCUAGGGCCUGAUUUGGUUGAGCAAAAUCAGUCCAGCAAUGAUACAGCCAUCAUAAAACCAGUUUUAGCCUUGCCAAGCAUCAUUGAACUCUCGUAUUACAGCAACACACUUGUACCACACUUCAUUAUGCCAGGUGUUGUUGCCACUGCAUUGUGCUCACUGUUAAAAGAACAAUUUGAAACAGCCAGAAGUCAGGGUGGAAAUUCGACAAGGCCAACCACCACUCAAUUGGACUUACUGCAGCAUUCGUUGAAAUUAUGUGAUAUUCUACAAUUUGAAUUCAUUUUCACAAAACCCUGUCAGUACCUGGAUUCUAUCGUCAUCCAAACAAUAGAGCAGCUCGCCACCCUAGAUAUUUUAGCCGUUAAGCAGGAAUUAUUAAUGGAAGAAGAACAAUGGAGUCAGAGGUUUGCAAGGCGGCUUGAAGAAGAGGAUGAAUAUGACGAUUAUGGAGGUGAUGAAUAUGAUGUUGAUUUAGACGACAACCCAUCAGUCUUCAACAUUGGAAAUAAAAUUACUUAUGAAAUAAGCUUAUCUUCAGAAUCAAUUAAGCAUUUAGAUUUCUAUCGGAACAUAGUUGCACCUUUUAUUGAAUCGUAUUCAACCAGUGCCAAAUGUCUGGAGUCACUCGCUGGCUCCCAAAACCAAGAACAAGCACAUGUCAAGAGCGUUCUUGGGGAAAUUAAAACACAACUUAGUCAAGGAAAACUGAAAUUUAACGAAUGUGCAGCUGUAGACCAGAUCAAAAACUCGCUAAAACUCUUUGAAAAAUGGUCGGUCCUGGAGUCAUUUACUCAAGAUAAAAUAAAGAUACUCUAUCUGACAGAAGAGUAUGAUGAUAAAGCUAAUCUAGAGCCAAUAAUUGAACGAAUUAUGUGUUUCAGAUAGCCGAUCUCUUCUUUAAUUUUUUAUUUUUGUUAACUAACAUAGAAAUUUUGUUUUUUGAGGGUUAGUUUUCCAAACAAAUCGACCAACUGAAAAGCAAUUGUGAUCUAAGUUAUUCUAUGAACUGCCAUGAGACGGCUUUUAUUUUAUUUCCAGAAUGAAAAUACCUCACCAAAUGAUGCAAAGCUAGCUUAAUCGUUCAAAUAUUUAUCUAUAAGCAAAAACGAAAUGUCAAUGAAUUUUUCUACCUAUUAAGGGUUUACAAAAUUUAUGAUUUUGGGUUAGUGCACUUGUUAUUUUCUCAUCAAGAUAUGUCAUGAUCCCGAAGAUGAGGCCUUAAAGCAAUGAAGCAUUUUUCGGUCCCUUUUUAAAGAUUUCACUCUCUCCAUUCAAGGGGAGCCUUGAAAAAAUGUAGCUAGUUAUCAUAACAUGUUGACUCGUGAUAAUGUUCUCAAGUGUUUCCCCAGAAAUGAGAUCGCAUAAGUUUUUUACUUUUCUGAUUCACUGUUUUCUUAUGCUAUCAAAGCAUAAACCCAACGAUUUUUCACUUUUAUAGAAGGUAAUUUCUGACCGAAGCAAAUUCAGGGAACUGGAACUCUGACUGAAAUUUCUAUGCCCCUUUCUCUUUAGGGUGUCAAAUAAGACUGUAAUUUUAACUUAUUUUCCGUGACAUCUGAAAGCAAAUCUUGCAAUCUCGCAAAUUCUUGAUUCUUACUCUGUUAAUUAAAACUCGCAGAAAUAGUAUUGAUGAGUUCUUUCAUACACAAAUGAAAUAACUGACGCAACAAGUUUUUUUCGUUCUUUUUAUUAGUUACAUUUUUCACAGCAUUUUUAGGUUCUUUUGUUUAAAAAUUUCUUCUUUUUCUUCUUCUCUCAUCAGGUGUUUCUUAUCUUUUCUCAAACAGUGAAAUUACUUUUAAAUGGUUUUUUCUUUUCUUUGUGAAAAACAUAAUUUUUCUCACUUGUAUGGAGCGUUCCUAAGCUCUAAUAAUGUGCCUUAUUUAUUUAUUGCAUUCUUUUAUAUCUUCGAAAGUACUAUAGACUAUAUCUGCAAUGUCCUAAGUAUGAUCAAAUUACCCACUCAGAAAGAAGGAAGAAAAGAAGAAAAAAAAUUUACACAACUUUUGUAUCAUGUAGAUAGUCAACUGUGUCUGCACAAUUUUUUCUCAUCAUAGAAAUGUAUCGUAGACUUUAAUUUUUUUGGAAGAUAAAUUUUCUCAGCCCUCCCGCAAAACAUACGCAUCAGUGUCUUAACCAGAAGCGGAAUGUAAAAUUUGUGACGAGAAAGGUUGUAAGUAAAAUCAGGGCUGUACCAAUUUUAAGGGACACAGCCAGCAUCAAUUUUCUUCUCGAUAUGUUGAAGCCCGAUUUUUAAGCAUAUUUUAUUCACAGCCCUUGAUGAGGUUGGAGCAUUGAUUCAUAAAUGUAUAUCCUUAAGUAAAAUGUGAAAAAAGCAUAAAAAGAACUUGGUCCAAGUUCAAUCUUGCUGGAUGUUUUCUCCUCUGACAGCGUGUAUGCCAGUUGAUUCUUCCAGAAUCUAACUUCACCAAUAAGGUCUUCAAUUUUCUAACUUGGUAACAUUAACCUCCAGAUGAUGAUCAACUGGACGAGGGAAAAUUCAAAUAUAUUCUCUAGAGAUCUUUCGGUAAUGAAAGUUCUCCAAUUUGUUCAUUUUACCUCAACUCUGUCUCAGAAAUUAAUUAUUCCCAGUUUACAAGGAGUAUUUUUAGUCUUCAACUAUGUUGGUAAAUUACUGGAUCAAGAGUUACGUAGCCUGAGAGUCAGACCAUACUUAGGGACAAAAUUGUGACACAAGGCUUGACCACUUAAAUCUGCCCUGACACCAAAAAUGGUUAUCUGCCACAUAUUAGCACACGCUACAACGUGGCAGACGACCGUUAUCUGUGCCAGUGUAUGUAAGGCUUUUGAUUUAAGUGGUCAAAACUUGUGUCAUGAGUUUGUCACUGAACAUCGUCUGUCUCAAACACUACUAAUUGCACACUGGACUAACACUACCUUGGCAACAGUGAUGAGCAAGUGAAGAUUAUUUAACUUCCUGAACAGGUGCACAGACAUGAGUGUAUGAAGUACAUGAAUAAGUUGUUAAGAUUUUCAGCCAAGUAUCGAAAGGAAGCUGAAGAAUUUGGUAACUUUUUUAUGACAAUUACCCUUACUUUUGUUUAUCAGUUACCAUUAUCAGUUUACUCUCAAACUAACUGGAAUUAGGAAAAGAUGUCGGAACUUUUCUUUAUUUUCUGAGCCUGAAUUUUGUUGGCAGGUUUGUUGUCGGCCGCAAGUUCAGGAAUAAAUGUGAACUUUGUUUUUUGAUUCCUGAUUAAUAGUUUCCACUGUUGAGGAACCAAGGGUGGUUCGAGAUGCUUGAAGAGAAGCUCAACUUGCCUACAGCUUGAGUUAAGAAUAUAGUUCUCCCGACCUCAAUUCGAAUCUUGAGGUUAGGUUUUUGCAACUUGCGGCCGACCGUAGCCAGCAAAAUUUGGGGCCUGACCUAAAGAUGAAAUCAUGACAAUAUCUCCCCCCCUGAACAUUGAAAGAACAUAUUUGCGGAAGAUUAAUGCAGUAUGUUGCUACUGUUUUAAAAUGAAUUAUAAUUGUUACUCUAUUUUUUGUUACAUUAAAAUUCAUACACAAAUUU